AUGUCGACUCGUGUCCUAUAUCUGAUAUCCUUCCGUCAAAGCUCCCGACAGCGCGCCCAUUUUGCGAUCUGGGUUCCGUAUGCCAAUGGCAAAGAUGGAACGCUCAUUCAUGUGGUAGGAGCGCCAAUGGCUGGGUUUCAGCUCGAGUUCAAACGAGGAUACGAUCCGAGCGCAACCGCUCAGAGGCUCGAGUCAUUCCAGAUCGGGCAGAUUAACUCGCAUCAUGUCCACGACUGGACUGGAGAGAGGUCAAACGACUCCACUCCAAGGGGCAAUGUGGAAACAGCAGCCAGUCAAAUACCACCACCUCGAAAAAGCGAGAACUUUAUGGCUCCGGUCAACGAGACAACGAACCGCCGGUGUCAGGAGUGGACCAUGGACUUCGUUCGACGACUAGUCUCCCUUCAGUACCUUGAUAAUUCAGCCAUAGACAUUGUCCAGUCCAAGCGAGAUUCCCCCACUCACGGUAUA